AUGACCGCUGUCCUCAACUCUAAUCCGACCCAUGCCCGUACGAUGGUCUCCCUACCAGCGCGAAAGCAACCGGUGCAUAGGACAGCUACUGAAUUGAAUCCAUCUGUGCACAUUUCGCUCUUAGCUGGUGCGAUUGCUGGUGGUGUGGAAGCAUCUGCGACAUAUCCGUUCGAGUUCGCGAAAACACGCGCCCAAUUGGUAGUGGGAGGCUCGAAAAACCCUUUUGCAAUUGUCGCACAGGUUGCGCGGAAUGACGGGUUUGGGGCAAUCUACACAGGAUGCUCAACACUAAUUAUAGGCACCGCCUUCAAGGCCAGUGUACGCUUCUUGUCUUUCGGUUCCAUUCGUAGCCGCCUUACGGAUGAGCGCGGCAUCUUAUCGCCUUCACGAGGCCUGCUCGCGGGCAUGUUGGUUGGUGUAGUUGAAAGUGCUGUCGCAGUCACGCCAUCAGAACGCAUCAAGACUGUACUCAUCGAUGCAAAGAGUGGAAACCGCCGAUACCGUGGUGGUUUUCAUGCAGCCAAAUCGAUUCUGAUGACACAAGGCCUACUAGGCAUGUAUCGCGGAUUUGCAUCAACAACGAUGAAGCAGUCUGCAGCGGAAUUAUCCUGCCGAAAUAAUCUUUCACAAAACAGCGUCACUACGUUCACUAUUGGCGCUCUUGCUGGCACAAUCAAGGUGUACGUGACGCAACCAUUCGAUACUAUUAAAACACGAGUGCAAAGCGCACAGGGUGCAAAAAUAAGCGGUGCAUUCCGAAGUAUCUUACUGGAAACAGGCAUACGAGGAUUUUGGCGUGGUUGCACAAUGCGCUUAGGUAGAUUGGUUUUCAGUGGAGGCAUUAUCUUCACUGUAUACGAGAAAGUCGUUAACGUGUGUGCAUAG